AUGGAUACUAAAGGGAGGUUGGUGGCUGGUUCACAUAAAAGGAACGAAUUUGUUCUCAUCAAUGCUGAUGAGAUUGGAAGGGUGACUUCUGUGAAAGAGUUAAGUGGGCAGAUUUGUCAGAUUUGUGGAGACGACAUAGAAAUUAUGGUUGAUGGGGAGUCUUUUGUUGCCUGUAAUGAAUGUGCAUUCCCUGUUUGUAGAGCUUGCUAUGAGUAUGAAAGGAGAGAGGGAAAUCAAGCUUGCCCUCAAUGCAAAACCAGAUACAAGCGCAUAAAAGGGAGUCCCAGAGUCGAUGGCGAUGAAGAUGAGGAUGGAUUUGACGAUCUAGAGUAUGAAUUUGAUUAUAACAGCAAUGAAGGAAGAGAUCCACAGCAGAUUGCAGCAGCAGCUCUCUCGGCUCACCUUAAUAUUGGCCAAAGUGCUUCUGGAAUCACUGUUCCAUUGCAGUGGGAUUCUUCAGUGGUUGCUUCGGAAAUUCCUCUCCUCACUUAUGGAAAAGAGGACGAUACCAUUUCUGCGGAUAGUCAUGCUCUCAUAAUUCCCCCGUUAAAUGGGCGUGGAAAGCGAAUCCAUCCUGUGCCAUUCUCCGAUUCUUCUAUGUCUAUGCCUCCCCGUCCAAUGGAUCCAACGAAAGACUUGGCUGUAUAUGGAUAUGGUACUAUUGCAUGGAAGGAAAAAAUGGAGGAAUGGAAGAAAAAACAAAAUGAAAAACUUCAAGUAAUUAGGCAUCAAGGAUAUAAAGAUGUUGGCAUCAAUGGUGGAGAUGAUUUGGAUGAUCCUGAUUUACCCAAGAUGGAUGAAGGCAGACAACCCCUUUCAAGAAAGUUACCGAUUUCUUCAAGCAAGAUAAACCCUUAUAGAUUAAUCAUUCUACUAAGAAUUGUGAUUCUAGGGUUGUUCUUUCACUACAGAAUUCGCCACCCUGUCAAUGAUGCAUAUGGAUUGUGGCUCACUUCAAUUAUAUGUGAGAUAUGGUUCGCCGUAUCAUGGAUAUUUGAUCAGUUUCCAAAGUGGUUUCCAAUUGAGCGAGAGACAUACCUAGAUAGACUCUCAUUAAGGUAUGAAAAAGAAGGGAAGCCCUCUGAACUGGCUGCCGUAGACAUAUUCGUAAGUACAGUGGAUCCCUUGAAAGAACCUCCACUCAUUACUGCGAACACAGUUCUCUCCAUCCUUGCUGUGGAUUAUCCAGUCGACAAGGUUGCAUGUUAUGUCUCAGAUGAUGGUGCUGCCAUGCUAACGUUUGAAGCCCUUUCUGAGACAUCCGAGUUUGCCAGGAAAUGGGUUCCGUUUUGCAAGAAAUUUAACCUAGAGCCUCGGGCUCCAGAAUGGUACUUUGCUCAGAAGGUUGAUUAUUUAAGAAACAAGGUCGAUCCAACGUUUGUUAUGGAACGCCGUGCAAUGAAGAGGGAAUAUGCAGAGUUCAAAGUUCGAAUAAAUGGAUUGGUUGCCAUGGCACAGAAGGUUCCCGAGGAGGGUUGGACAAUGCAGGAUGGAACUCCAUGGCCAGGAAACAAUGUCAGGGAUCAUCCUGGAAUGAUCCAGGUGUUCUUGGGACAUAAUGGUGUUCGUGAUAUUGAAGGGAAUGAGUUACCUCGUCUCAUUUAUGUUUCUCGUGAGAAGAGGCCUGGAUUUGAGCACCACAAAAAAGCUGGUGCCAUGAAUGCUUUGGUGCGGGUGUCAGCAGUAAUCUCGAAUGCUCCUUACCUACUUAAUGUUGACUGUGAUCACUACAUAAAUAACAGCAAGGCUCUCAGGGAAGCUAUGUGUUUCAUGAUGGACCCUCAAGCUGGAAAGAAAAUAUGUUAUGUGCAAUUUCCUCAAAGAUUUGAUGGAAUUGAUAGACAUGAUAGAUACUCGAACCGCAAUGUUGUCUUUUUUGAUAUAAAUAUGAAAGGGCUUGACGGGAUCCAGGGUCCAAUUUAUGUUGGAACUGGGUGCGUCUUCAGGAGGCAAGCACUUUAUGGAUAUGAUGGCCCAAAGAAGACCAAAUCCCCUGGAAAAACAUGCAAUUGUUGGCCGAAAUGGUGUUGCUGCUGUUUUAGAUCAAGAAAGAAGAAUAGGAAAGGGAGAUCGAAGGAUAUAUGGAAGACAACGAAGGGGAGGGAAACUUCAUUGCAAAUUUCCACGCUUGAAAAUAUUGAUGAAGGAAUUGAAGGAAUUGAUAGUGAAAAAUCAUCCCUAAUGCCCCAGAUACAAUUUGAGAAGAAAUUUGGACAAUCGUCUGUUUUCAUUGCUUCAACACUCCUAGAAGACGGUGGUGUUCCUCCAGGGACAACAUCUGCGUCGCUCUUGAAAGAAGCUAUUCAUGUCAUUAGUUGUGGUUAUGAAGACAAAACAGAAUGGGGAAAAGAGGUUGGAUGGAUUUAUGGAUCCGUCACUGAAGAUAUCUUAACCGGGUUUAAAAUGCACUGCCAUGGCUGGAGAUCAGUGUACUGUAUACCCAAAAGGCCUGCAUUUAAGGGGUCAGCUCCCGUUAAUCUUUCUGAUCGUUUGCACCAGGUCCUUCGAUGGGCCUUGGGAUCAGUUGAAAUAUUCUUGAGUAGACACUGUCCCAUUUGGUAUGGAUAUGGGUGUGGCCUAAAACCACUUGAGAGGUUUUCGUAUAUAAAUUCAGUCGUUUAUCCAUUGACAUCACUUCCUUUGAUUACUUAUUGCACCUUGCCAGCAGUUUGUCUCUUGACCGGGAAAUUCAUCGUCCCUGAGAUUAGUAACUACGCCAGUAUAGUGUUCAUGUCCCUUUUCAUUUCAAUUGCUGCAACCGGCAUUCUCGAGAUGCAGUGGGGCGGUGUUGGCAUCGAUGAUUGGUGGAGAAACGAGCAGUUCUGGGUGAUUGGUGGUGCCUCGGCGCACCUUUUUGCUCUAUUCCAAGGACUUCUCAAGGUUCUGGCGGGUGUCAACACGAACUUCACUGUUACAUCCAAAGCAGGCGAUGACGGAGAAUUUUCCGAGCUUUACCUUUUCAAGUGGACAUCAUUGUUAAUCCCUCCCAUGACUUUGUUGAUUAUUAACAUUAUCGGGAUCUUAGUCGGGGUUUCAAAUGCCAUAAACAACGGGUACGAGUCGUGGGGACCUCUAUUCGGCAAGUUAUUCUUCGCAUUUUGGGUGAUUGUCCAUUUAUACCCCUUCCUCAAAGGAUUUAUGGGAAAACAGGACAGACUUCCCACCAUCAUUGUGGAACAACAAGAACAGAAACAAAUCUUGGGGCGAAAAACCAGACAUCUGGAAGUGGUCACUGAUGAGAAUCAGGAGUGGACAUAA